AUGCCCUUGCUCCUCGUGACCGGCUACCCAGCCGCCGGAAAAUCUACUAUCGUCGAUCGAGUAGCCGCUUAUUUUAAAGACAAAGGAAGAGAAGUCAGCAUCAUACGCGAGGGAGACUACCACCUUUUCGACAGGGCGGCUUACAAUAAUGCGCUACAGGAAAAAGAAUUUCGCUCCUAUCUUCGAUCCCAGCUGCAGCAGGCCAUCUCCAGGAAUACGAUUGUGAUUUGCGACGGCUUGAAUUAUAUCAAAGGUUUCCGGUAUGAACUUUUCCUGGUGGGCAAAUUGGCGAAAACUACGUACGCUGUGAUGCAGAUAGACGGCACGGAAAAUGCGUGUAAACACCUAAAUCAACAGAAGCCAGUUGAAGAAAGAUAUACAGAUGAGAAGAUUCACGAGUUGAUCUUGCGCUAUGAGAAGCCGGCCAGCCAACGUUGGGAUACGCCGUUGUUCCACAUCCAGGUUGGUAAACAGGAAGGCAGUGAUAUGACAGAGUGUGACGAUGUUUCUCAAGAUUUGGAUAGACCAGCUCCACGUCACGUAGAGAUCCCGCUGGAUGAGAUAUAUGAUUGGCUAGUAGAGGGAAUCGCGCUGAAAGAAAAUCAGAGCACGACCACAGCGCCGCUGGCAGCGACAAACUUUCUACAUGAAUUGGAUCGGAUAACGCAAGAGGUCGUUCAGUUUUUGUACCAAGCGCAAAGACUGGCGCUGCCCGGCCAAGAACUCGUCGUCCCGUUUGCCGAAGAGGGGAAUAAUAAGUUCCGCUUCACCAAGGCCCUUUCACUCCCGGAGCUGUCCCGCCUUCGCCGUCAAUUCAUCACUUUCUCCAAGACGCACAUCGUGGAACAAAAGGAGCGGGUAGCAUCACUUUUCCUAGAUUAUAUUAGCAAGAGUUGUCAA